AUGUCUGGCGCUGCAAGUCCAUUAGAUCUGAUCCUUCUUGAGGACAUUGCCAAAAAUUGUCCCCUGGAGUUUCUCAGUUUCCACGAAUGUAUGGGUAGAAAAGAUGCCGAUCCGCAACAUUGUGCCCUUCAACAAUACAAUCUUGCUAAUUGCAUCAAGAAGCUGGUCCCUGCAUUCCAAAGAAUCCAGAACAUUUGUGCCGGGAAGCUUCAAGCGUACGAAGCUUGCUUACGUAUGAGUGGGAAAAAAUCUGCGUGUGAGCAAGAUUUGGCCAGUCUUCGCCAAUGUGCUAGUGGAUCUUUACAAUAA